CGAAAAAUUAAGCCUUUAAACGAAAAAUCCCCUAAAGAUGUCUCAACCACUCGACUGGAUAGCAAUUAUGAGUAUUCCACCUUGGAAGAAGGAUCACUCCUGGCUCUGGCUAAAAGAACUCAAUGGCUGUGAAGCAUCUCUAAAACUGCGCCACUACAAGCGGAAACCCAACUUCCGUCCGAGGGCUUCGGUACCAGAAACUCCGGAUAACGAGGUGAAGUCCAAGCUUGAGGCGACACGCGGCAAGCUAUUGCGCCUGCUGCGGCGCUUUGACGAAGUGGACUCAAUAGUCGAGGCCUCCCGUCUUAGACCAAAUCCCUUCGAGACUUUGGAUUUCCUGGCGGUAAGCCUCGGAGAUUUGGAGAGCCCAAGAGGAGAUGAUAUUCCCAAGCAGGAGAAAGCAAUGGAGGAGCAGGUGAACUAAUUUCGAUGCAACCCACAUGAUUCUGUAACUAAAAACACGUUGUUAAAGCUCUAAUAUCAACUUGAAACAACAACAAAUAUUCUACAAAAAAAUAUAUAUAU